AAAGUUGCGUACCUGUCCAGGGAUUGGCCGUGAGUACAGAGUGACGUCAAAAUGGGAUUCUCGGCAACUUUUGAGGAGGAGAGGCAGGUGAUCUCUUGACGGUAUUCAUGGGGUCUGUUUAUGCAUGUGCAGAGAAGGAUGUUUAGAUUAUGCUUCUUGAGUGGAAUUAUUUUGAUGGAAUGUUUUGUCGGUGCAUCCAGAGAACACAGAGACAAUCGCAAUGGAGAUGACAUUACUCUGUGGAUAGAUAAAAAUCAAGUCAAGGAAUACAGCGGUAGCAGUUAUCCGUAUGAUAUAUUUGCUAUUGCGAAUGGAGUUGUUUUACAGUACCUUUUGGAUCCCAACUUCGAAAAAUAUCUGCCUAUCAUCCCUUCCGAAGUGUCUUCCGUUAAUUUCACAUGGAAGUCUGGUGACCACAAGUAUUUUUAUGAUUUUGAUCAGCUUAAGUCGUAUAAUGAAAGCAUCCUUGGCGAUCCAGUGAUCUCUAUCAAAACGAAAGGAAAAGUACCAAAAAGACCCAAAGUGUUUCAGGUUUUUCUACCAUGCCGUGGCAACUUGAGCGGAAUCGUUUAUUUUGGAAUUGGCCUAACUAUACAGAAUGAACAAGGGACUUUCUUACCUGGAACUCCGCUCAGAUUUAGACUGCAAAAACAAUGUGCAAAUCAUGGACCAGAUCCAGAGUGCGACAAGAAAUGUGCAAAUGGUGGUCGAUGUAAUCAAAGUGGAAGGUGCGAAUGCAAGAAAGGUUACAAUGGACAAUACUGUCGAACAGCUCUUUGUUAUCCUCAAUGCAUGAAUGGUGGAACAUGUGUUUCUCCUGGACAAUGUUUAUGCGCUGACGGCUAUCAAGGACCUCACUGUGAAGGGGGAAUGUGCCGUGAGAAGUGCUUGAAUGGUGGAAAAUGUAUUCAGAAAGAUACUUGUGCCUGUAGAAAUGGCUACUAUGGAGCCAGAUGUGAUUUUAGUAAAUGUGAAAAUCUUCCUUGCUUAAAUGGUGGACGUUGCGUGGGAGUCAAUAGAUGUCGCUGCAAGAGAGGUUUCACUGGUAAUCAGUGUGAAAAACAAGUGGAAAGGCCAGCUGAACUUGCAAGACAUGAAGGGUGUAGAAGAUGUGUGAAUGGUGUUUGCGAAAACCACAAGUGCGUCUGUGAUAAAGGCUGGAUUGGCAACAGGUGCAAUAAGCGAAAGCCGAAAAGGAGGCGACAACGGAAACUUUACCAAUGAUUUGUGGUUCCUACUGUUAUUCCUGUUGCCAUGCGUUUGGAUAAUUUUUUUAAUUACAUAUCGCUUUAUCUAUGUUGAUUUUUCCUUACAACUAGUGAAGCUGUUGAUGUUUAGGAUGAAUUGCCUAUACAUGUAUCGUGCCAAAUUCAUCAAGUUCCAAACUCUCUUCGUCAUUUUGAACAUGAUCUAUUUUUGAUACAAUCCGAAAAGAUGUUAAUAUGUUGUCCUUGUUCACGAUUACAUUUAUGUGAAUUAUUCUUGUGCAAAAUGUUAACAGUGAUAAUUUGAUAACUUUUGCCCUAGUCUGGUAUGGUGUUGUGAAAUAUUCUUUCCAUGUUAGUACGUGUUUUAGUUUAAUGUUUUUAAAAGGUGAUUUAAAGUUAGAAAAUGGUGAAAGAAAAUGAAAACAUGUUAAAAAUUUGUUUUCUAGAAUAGAAAAAUGUAGAAUUAAGGUAGUUAAAAAAACGGCUAUUUUAAAGCCAUUAAAAAGAAUUUUUUCCUCUUUGGCCAUUAAAAAAAUUCUAAAGUUGGUUAUUUUAUUUGUAUAAAUAUUUCUAAAAUUUAUAAAUAUUGUUAUAUAUUUUAAUAAUUUCACACUAAUGAAGAAAACGAUUGCAUUCAUCAAGUGCGUAGAUUAGAAUUUUUAUGUUGUGUAAAUUCAUGAAUGCUUCUAAACUGCAAAAGUACUUGAACUUCUUAUGAUAUACCGGUUAUACUAUAUGUAUUAGUACAAAUAUAGAAAAUAUUAAUUAUUAUACAAAAUUGAUAUUAAGCUUUGAAAAAAAAGUAUUUGAAAUUAUGAUCCAAUCCUAAGGAAUAUUUACUUAAAUUUCGAAAUUAAGUAAAAUAUCAAGCGAAUGAACGUUUUCGACAGAGAUUUGUUUCCGAUUAAUAAAGGAGUAUAAUGAAAAUGAGUUCGGUGAGACUUGUGUUAUCUAAGCCUUACCUAAUAUACUUAUCAAAUAAAUGGUAAAAUUAGCAGCUGUAUCUCAUUUUUGGUGACUACAUUCUGAAAAUAGUCACAAAAAAACCGCAAAAAAUUGCCAUUUAAAGUUUGAAAAUAGUUUGACUGUAAACCAUUAUAAGCUAGAAAAUUAUUUUUCAUCUUUUAAAAUCACGUCAUCCAUAGAUAACACUUGUUAAGAGGAAACAGUAAGCUUCGUGGGCCUCAAACAAAAUACGAAAUGCGUCCAGUGACGCAGCAUUCGUAUUUCGUGGUUUAUUUUAUGUUUUUCAUCGUUCAUAUGAACGUUGAAGCUAAUUUGAGCUUAACACACGCCUGCAUUUAUUUUGUUUUUUUAACAUAUUGGAUUAGUUUUGCUUGAAUAAACUUUAUAGCACCUCAUUUUUAUGAGAUAUUUUUAUUUAAAUUAUUUGAAAAAUAAUUGAGGUAUUGUAAACGUACAAAAUAAACUGUGAAUAAUUUUAUUUUUCCAAAAGAAACAACCUAAGAAAACCAUUAUGAAAUUUAGGAAAAAAAUAACCUUAGUUUUUCUCUCGAAAAUUAUGCAAAUAUGUUUAAUAUAUUCAUUUGUAAAAAUGUUAUUUGCUUAAAGUGUUCAUUCGCAGUGAUGUGAUUUGCUUAUUUGGUUCUAUUUUAGCUUUUUGUAGCAUGUGCUUACAAAUCGCAAAGCUUGUAAAGAAAAUUAGAUUUCUUUUUUUAAAAAAGAUAUUCAACUUCUUAUUUUGGCAGAUUAUGUAAUUUACGUAAUAUUAUUAAUACUUCCAGAUGUCCCCUAAAAAGCCGAAACUUUAUUUUUACUAAAAUAUAACUUAUAUGUUAUUUUUUUACGUGUUUAAACCGGAAAAUAAAUACAUAAGAAUAUUUUUUUUUAUAAAUAGAACUCUUUUGAAAGAAAAUAGAAUUAUAUAUCAUAUUUAAUGUAGCUACUUACUGUUCGUCAUCAACUGAAUUAUGUUGUAAAAAGAAAAAUACUGUAAAUUAAAAAAAUAAUAAUAAUCAUUAUUUUGUUCCAUAAAAUGUUAUUUACUGGCAUCAUACCAAAAGAGCUUCGCGUAAAUGUCUAUUUUAGCGAGACUAUUAAGAGUUUUUAAACACUCUCAUUUACGCAUUAAAGAACAUGUUAUAGUUUACAGGGUGUCCAGUAAGCUCUCAUACAAUAUUUAUGUAAUGAAAUGUACAUAUUCCAAAAAAUUCUAUUGCCUACAAAUUUAUAACAUAGAGUUUAAAGAAUUUUUGGAAAAAUAUUCAAAUGUAUGCAAAUCUUUUAAAAUUACAAGAAUGUACGUCAUAUCGGUUGCCAAACAAAAAGAAGAGAGUUGUAAAAGUUAGGCCCUGUGUAUGAGUUCAUGCAAGGCAUUCUGGAGAUAAAUUUAUCUUCUUCAAAGAAAAGACAAAACUGAAUGAUGUAAAAGCAUUCCUGCAACUGCUCGUUGUAGAUUAAAUGGUCAUUGAGGCUAAACCUCCUGAAUUUCGUAACCUACAGCAUGAUGGUGGCAAUGCGCAUCGACCGCUUGUGCCUUCCAAGUCUGAUCUGAAGCGGUGGACUUAUGGCUGUAUGAGAGCUUAUAGGAUACUUUGUAUAGUUACAUCAGAUGCCAGAUACAUGCAGCUUUCUGAUCUUUCAAUGCAUUCUAAAACUAAUUUCCUGAAAUUUACAAAAAAUAAUUUUAAUCAUGUUCUACUACUAAAGCCUUCGAUGAAGAAACUUACAGUAAUCCAAAUAAAUAUUUAGAGAUUUUGUCUCCUUUCUAUGAGAUUUUUUUUAAAACCAUUACUUCAUAAAUAAAUUAAAAAUUGAAAAAAAAAAAAAACGUGUACUGCAUGGAUACAACUACGGUGGAAUGUGCAAAAUUUUUAACGUGCCUUCAAACAACCUAUAGUAUUGAGAUGGAACGUUUCUGACGGCUUUAAAAUUUUAGGAGACAAUUGGGAGUCUGCUUUUUUUUCUUCUUUUUUUGUAUACUUAGUGCUAUUACUAUGUUGUGUCGCAUUGUUUGAUUUUAGUUCUGUGAAUUGUUUUUCUUAUAUAUUUUGUACUUCCUGUAUACAUUUUAUAAAUGUUUUUUUGUUGUUGUUA